AUGCCUACCCUCGAGCUUAGCAAUUUCAACAUUGUAUGCUCGGUCCUUGGAGGGUUCAUCACCCUCUUCGGAUUGGUGUCGUACCUGUGCAAGGAACGUUUCUAUCUGUCCGAAGCAUUGAUAUCAAUGUUGGCCGGCACUGCCUUCUCCCCUCAUGGCGCAAAUUUCAUCCGACCCAUGGACUAUGCUCUUGGAUCCGAGACCAACUUGGAAGCAAUCACCAUGUACUUUACGCGCCUAGUUCUCGGCGUUCAGCUAGUCCUGGCAGGAGUCCAGCUACCGGGGCGUUACUUGCAGACUGAAUGGAAAAGUCUCUUGUUGCUUCUUGGCCCGGGGAUGGCUAUUAUGUGGAUCUCUAGCGGUCUUCUUGUUUGGGGACUGGUUCCAAAGAUAUCACUCCUGGAAGCACUGGCAAUCGGCGCGUGCGUCACGCCCACCGAUCCUGUGCUGUCGAACUCGAUUGUCAAGGGUAAAUUCGCUGACAAGAAUGUGCCGCGGCCUUUGCAAAGGAUUAUUGUUGCGGAGUCUGGGGCUAAUGAUGGGCUGGGUUAUCCAUUUCUUUUCAUUGCCUUGUAUCUCUUGAAAUACACGCAGGGUCCCGGCUUUAGUGGUGGGACUGGCAAGGCAAUCGCCCUGUGGGUUUAUGAGACCUUGGUCUAUGAGAUUUUGUUGAGCACUGUCUAUGGAAUUGUGGUCGGUUGGCUAUCUAUGAAGUUGCUGCAUUGGGCGGAGGAAAAGAGAUAUGUGGAUCGGGAGAGUUUCCUUGUUUUUGCAAUUUCCCUGGGGUUAUUCAUCAUGGGAACUUGCGGUUUGGUCGGGACUGAUGACCUGCUAGCAUGCUUCAUAGCUGGGAAUGCCUUUACUCACGACGACUGGUUCCGCCAGGAAACUAUGGACGACUCUCUUCAGCCCACCGUCGACAUGCUUCUCAAUCUGGCCAUCUUCAUGUGGUUCGGCGCCGUGUGCCCUUGGGCUUCCUUUCUCAAAAACGACAUAAUACCCAUCUAUCGACUGGUCGCUCUGGGCAUUUUGAUCCUGCUAUUUCGCCGCCUGCCUGUUGUCUUGGCCAUGCACAAGUAUAUCCAUCAAAUCGAGCAGUUCUCGCAGGCCGCCUUUGUCGGGUUUUUUGGGCCUAUCGGCGUCGGUGCCAUUUUCUACUUGUCCGUCUGCAGACAGUUCCUGCUUGAAGAAAUGAUGGUCGAUGGGGAGAUUCGUGACGAUGCAAAGAGGACUGCUGAGGCGGCUUACCUUGUGGUUUGGUUUCUGGUCAUUUGCAGUAUUGUUGUCCACGGCAUGAGCGUCCCCCUCGGCAAAGCCGGCUAUCACAUUCCGCGCACUAUAUCCAGUGCUCUCAGCGAGCACGGCCAUGAACCAAUACGCAUACCGAGCAGCAAUAACACACACAGCACCGCCACGCUACCAGUACUGCCAGGGCUGCGGUUUAGUCGUAGUCGAAAGGUAAAACGCGAUCAGCAGCAGCAUCCGGAGCCUGCGCGUACUGUGUUUCAGAUUGGUGGUGGUGUUAGCACUGCCAAUGAAGAGGUGUCUAGUAAUAUUUCGCUGCAGGAUAACGCUGCUGCCGGUCCAAGUGGACAGCAACAGCAGCAAGCAAAACAGACUCGGGAACAUGCUGUGUUAAAUGAAGAUGGGGAAGAGGAGCAGCUGCCCCCGAUACGAGUGCCGAGUGUUGUGUAUGAACCGAGAAGGCCGGUGAGAUUGUUGGGUGAGGAUGGCAGGGUUACGGAGACCCUGAACGCGUCCGACUGA